GCACUGGCCCGCGGCGCAGAAGCGGGUCAGUCUCUGCUCGCCGCUCCUCGCCACACAGGGAGGCAGAAUGAGGAUCGCUGUGGGCACCUUGCUGGCCUGCGCCGCCCUGGGGCUAUGUCUGGCUGUCCCUGAGAAGACUGUGAGAUGGUGUGCUGUGUCAGAUCAUGAGGCCAGCAAGUGUGCUAGUUUCCGUGACAAUAUGAAAAAAGUCCUUCCAGAAGAUGGUCCCCGUGUCAUUUGUGUGAAGAAAAACUCCCACCUUGAUUGCAUCAAGAGCAUUGCGGCAGGUGAAGCGGAUGCUGUUACAGUAGAUGCAGGUUUGGUGCAUGAGGCAGGCCUGGCACCCAACAACCUGAAGCCUGUAGUGGCAGAGUUCUAUGGGACAGAAGAGAAUCCACAGACCUUCUACUUUGCUGUUGCCGUGGUGAAGAAGGGCACCAACUUCCAGCUGAACCAGCUCCAAGGCAAGAAGUCCUGCCACACAGGCAUUGGCAGGUCUGCUGGGUGGAACAUUCCCAUUGGCUUACUUUUUUGUGACUUACCUGAGCCACGUAAGCCUCUUGAAAAAGCGGUGGCCAGUUUCUUCUCAGGCAGCUGUGUACCCUGUGCAGAUGGGGCGGCCUUCCCUCAACUGUGUCAACUGUGUCCAGGGUGUGGCUGCUCCUCCCUUCACCCGCACUUUGGCUAUGCAGGUGCUUUCAAGUGUCUCAAGGAAGGUGGUGGGGACGUGGCCUUCAUCAAGCACUUAACCAUAUUUGAGGCCCUGCCUGAGAAGGCUGACAGGGACCAGUACGAGCUACUGUGCCCUGACAACACCCGGAAGCCAGUGGAUGAGUACGCGCAGUGCUAUCUGGCCAAGGUCCCUUCUCACGCUGUUGUGGCUCGGAAUACGGGUGACAAGGAUAAUUUGAUCUGGGAGCUCCUCAGCCAGGCCCAGGAACAUUUCGGCGUCGACAAAUCGAAAGAAUUCCACUUGUUCAGCUCUUCUCAGGGGAGGGACCUGCUGUUUAAAGACUCUGCACAAGGGUUUUUAAGGAUUCCCCCCAGGAUGGACUAUAGGAUGUAUCUGGGCUAUCAGUAUGUCACUGCUAUUCGGAAUCUACGGGAAGGCAUAUGCCCAGAAAGCUCCCAGGAGGCAGCAAAGACACUGAAGUGGUGUGCACUGGGUCACCAUGAGAGGACCAAGUGUGAUACGUGGAGCGCUCAAAGUGAAGGGAAAAUAGAGUGUGAGUCUGCAGAGACCACUGAAGACUGCAUUGCCAAGAUCAUGAAAGGAGAAGCAGAUGCCAUGACCUUGGAUGGCGGAUUUGUCUAUAUAGCCAGCCAGUGUGGUCUGGUGCCUGUUUUGGCAGAAAACUAUGAAAACCCUAAUUGUCAUAGACCACCAGAAAAAGGGUAUUAUGGUGUGGCAGUGGUGAAGAAAUCAGAUCCUGACAUCAACUGGAAUAAUUUGGAGGGCAAGAAGUCUUGCCACACCGCAGUAGACAGAACCGCUGGCUGGAACAUCCCCAUGGGCCUGCUCUACAACAGAAUCAACCACUGCAGAUUUGAUGAAUUUUUCAGUCAAGGCUGUGCCCCUGGGUCUCUGAAAAAUUCCAGUCUCUGUGAUCUCUGUAUUGGCCCAACUGUGUGUGCUCCCAACAACAAAGAGACAUACUAUGGCUACACAGGAGCUUUCCGGUGUCUGGUUGAGAAAGGAGAUGUGGCCUUUGUGAAGCACAGCACUGUCAUGCAGAACACUGAUGGAAACAACCCUGAUUCAUGGGCUAGUAAUCUUAAGAAGGAAGACUUCGAGCUGCUGUGCCCUGAUGGCAGCAGGAAGUCCGUGGAUGAAUAUGAGAAAUGCCACCUGGCCCGAGCCCCAAAUCAUGCUGUGGUCACACGGAAAGAUAAGGCAGAAUAUGUUCGUGGAGUAUUAUACAGCCAACAGGAAAUGUUUGGAAAUGCUGUAUUUGAUUGCGCAGCCAGAUUUUGUUUGUUCCGGUCGAAAACCAAGGAUCUUCUGUUCAGGGAUGAUACAAAAUGUUUGGUUAGAAUUGAGAAUGAUGUCACACCUGAAAAAUACUUAGGAGAGGAGUAUGUCAAGGCUGUUGGUAACCUGAGAAAAUGCUCAACCUCAAGUGAGUUGGACCCCAAGGACUACCAUUCCCGUGAUGCUUCGCUUCCCGCGCUUGCGCAGAACACAGGGCCACGUAGCUUUCGCGGUACCGGAGCACGCACUUCAUUCAUGGCUACCGUGGACUCUUGUCGGGUAGAGGGUUGCGGCGGUGCGGGAGGCACUUUCCAGCCCUACCUAGACUCCUUGAGACAGGAGCUGCAGCAGAGGGACCCGACGCUGUUGUCAGUAGUGCUGGCGGUCGCCGUGGUGCUGCUAACGCUGGUGUUCUGGAAAUUAAUCUGGAGUAGAAAGAGCAGUCAAAGAGCAGUUCUUCUUGUGGGUCUUUGUGACUCCGGGAAAACACUGCUAUUUGUCAGGUUGUUAACAGGCUGUUACAGAGACACGCAGACUUCUAUUACUGACAGCUCUGCUGUGUAUAGAGUCAACAAUAACAGGGGCAAUAGUUUGACCUUGAUUGACCUUCCUGGGCAUGAGAGCUUGAGGCUGCAGUUCUUAGAGCGUUUUAAGUCUUCAGCUAGGGCUUUUGUGUUUGUUGUGGACAGUGCAUCAUUCCAGCGAGAGGUGAAAGAUGUGGCUGAGUUUCUGUAUCAAGUCCUCAUAGACAGCGUGGGUCUGAAGAAUGCACCAUCAUUCUUAAUAGCCUGCAAUAAGCAAGAUAUUACAAUGGCAAAAUCAGCAAAGUUAAUUCAGCAACAGCUUGAGAAAGAACUCAACACCUUACGAGUUACCCGCUCUGCUGCUCCCAGCACACUGGACAGUUCCAGUACUGCCCCUGCUCAUCUUGGAAAGAAAGGCAAAGAAUUUGAGUUCUCACAGUUGCCCCUCAAAGUGGAGUUCCUUGAGUGCAGUGCCAAGGGUGGAAGAGGAGAUGCUGGUUCUGCUGACAUCCAGGACUUAGAGAAAUGGCUGGCUAAAAUUGCCUGAGGGGCAACUCUGGAGCACAAGCUAUGAGUGAGUGUGUGUGACUGUGUGACUGGCAGUGUUGAAAGAAGAGCUGUGGUAGUCGGGAGUUGAUAAAAGGUACAAAAUGUGCUUAGGAACAUUUCCUUGUACUGGAAACAAAUUACUGUUCACACCAGCUUGGAAGUUUCUUUGUUUUAGUUCCUUUCUCUGCUGUUGCUCCCUUUCAAACAAACCACUUUUAUUUAACUCUCAUAUUAAGUGUUGGUAUUAAGUGUCCCUUUAGCAUGUGUUUGAUUUAAGGUCAAAGUCUUUGUGACAUAACAAGCAAACUC